AUGGAGACAAAAUCAGUAGAGGACCAAGUCCAAGAUGUUAACACUAUUUCUAAGGGUAAAAUUGUCGAUGUUGAUGAUAAAAUUGUCACCGCCGAGCAGAAGAAAACUACUUGUGCUUCAGGUAGGAAGACUUCUCUAAAAAAGAGCAAGAAUAGACCUGUGAAAACUGCAACCCCUGCUUCAAAAAAGGCUAAAUUUACAGUUUUACCCCAGAAGUCAGUAGAUGGUAAGAAGGGUGGCCAUAUAACAACACCGCAUCCAGGGAAGCAGGCUAGGAAAUAUUCAGCAAAGACUCCAAAGUCUGGCGGUCUAGGAUCUCACAAGAAGGCAAAACAUGGUGGCAAAUGA